AUCAUGUAAAACAUAACAUUGAGUCCUCUAAAACAUCUAAUUAUAGAUGGAGACAAUAGUCCUAUCAAUUAUCUAGAUGAAUUUGAAUAAUUGAGCCAAUCAUCUUCAAAUAAUACAUUUAUCUAAUCAGGAAGAAAGAAUUCUGAUGGAGAAAAUACAAUAAAAAGAAGAAAAUUUCGUUCUCAAGACUUUACUGAGUAAUUAUACAUGUGGAAUGAUUACUUAGUGAAAAAAUUUGAGCCUAAAUAGUUGUGAAUACUGAUUUUAUAAUAUUUAUAUUGCUUCAUCUAUUUAAUAUAAUUCGAU